ACUAAUUGAACUUAUUCAUAAAACCGAUAACACUAGUUCGAUUAACCUGAUAGCUCAUUGUCACAGCUGACUGUAAAAAAUUUUAAAUAGACAAACAAAAAUUGUAAUUAUAGCCAAUAUGCGCCGCCGUGUGGGUUUGGGUGCCAUACAGCAGCAAAAGUUGGCUGCUGAAAAAUAUAAAGAUAAAGGAGCCGAUUUGCAAGAAUCCCAAUUGGAGCAAAUGACAAAACAAAUGGAAGUGUUUCGCAUAAAGCUUGAGGAAUUUGCCAUGAAGCACAAAGAUGAUAUUCGAAAAAACUCGCAGUUCCGUAAACAGUUUCAGGAAAUGUGCGCUGCCAUUGGAGUAGAUCCCCUGGCAAGUGGGAAAGGAUUCUGGAGUGUGCUUGGCAUGGGAGAUUUCUAUUACGAGCUAAGUGUGCAGGUUGUGGAAGUAUGCCUUGCAGCCAAUCACAAAACGGGAGGUCUAAUGGAAUUGGACGAACUACGUCGUCGUCUUAUAGCCGCACGUGGUCAAAGUGCGCUCCAUCAGGAAAUUACCAAGGAAGAUAUACUGAUGGCUACAAAAAAACUGACCAUUUUUGGCAAUGGUUUUGUUGUUCAUAAGCUGGGAAAAGGCAGAUAUAUUGUUCAAUCCAUUCCGGGCGAGCUAAGCAUGGAGGAGACCAACAUUCUUAGCGCAGCAUCCAAUACGGAAACAGGUCGCAUUACCAAAAAUCAACUUAUUAAAGACUUGGGUUGGACCGAGUACCGUACAAUACAAGCGUUGGAAAAAGUAUUGGGUGAAGGCCUUUGCUGGAUAGAUAAGCAAUCGGAGGAUGAACCGAGUUUUUGGUUUCCCAGUUUGUUUCCGGGUCGCAACGCACAGAUGGUUGAUGCAUAGCUUGUACACAGAUUUAUUUAAAACUAUUUAACAAGUAUGUACAUAUAUGACUAUAAAUUAUA